UCGCUGCUUCGCUUUUUUUGCUGCUGCUGCUGCUGCUGCUUCGUCGCACCGCCCCGGUAGCCUCACCGCCGGCGAACGCGCAGCGCGCGACCACCGUUGCUUGGAGCUAGCUCGCGGGGAUCUGCAGAUCUCGCCCAUGGCGUCCUCGUCGGACGAGCAGCCGAAGCCGCCGGAGCCGCCCGCGGCGGCGGCGGUGGCGGGGACGGCCGUGGCCACCGCCGCCGCGGCGGUGCCGACGCACGCCGAGUGGGCGGCUUCGCUGCAGGCGUACUACGCCGCCGCGGGGCACCCCUACGCGUGGCCCGCGCAGCAUCUGAUGGCGGCGGCGGCUGCGGGGGCGCCGUACGGCGCGCCGGUGCCGUUCCCGAUGUACCACCCGGGCGCCGCCGCGGCGUACUACGCGCACGCGUCCAUGGCCGCGGGUGUUCCUUACCCGACAGCUGAAGCCAUGGCGGCGGCGGCGGCGGCGGCGGCGGGGGCGGUGCCGGAAGGGAAGGGGAAGGGGAAGGGCGCCGCCGCGUCGCCUGAGAAGGGAAGCUCCGCGGCGCCCUCUGGGGAUGAUGCAUCCCGGAGUGGUGACAGUGGCAGCGAGGAGUCGUCUGAUACUAGAGAUGAUGACACUGACCACAAGGAUUCGUCUGCACCUAAGAAAAGGAAAUCUGGUAAUACAUCGGCAGAAGGUGAGCCGUCUCAAGCUACGCUUGUGCCCUAUGCUGCUGUCGAGUCACCGUAUCCGUUGAAGGGGAGGUCUGCGUCGAAGCUUCCAGUUUCUGCACCAGGGCGGGCGGCACUUCCUAAUGCCACACCUAAUUUGAACAUAGGGAUAGAUCUUUGGAGUACUCCCCCAGCCUUAGCUGUGCCCGCAGGGCAGGGGGAAGCAAGUCCUGGGUUGGCACUUGCUCGACGUGAUGGUGUUGCUCACCUGGAUGAGCGUGAAUUGAAGAGGGAGAGGCGCAAACAAUCUAACAGAGAGUCUGCCAGGAGAUCAAGGUUGCGCAAGCAGCAAGAGUGUGAGGAACUAGCUCGGAAGGUUGCUGAACUGACAACUGAGAACAGUGCCCUUCGGUCAGAGCUUGAUCAGCUUAAGAAGGCCUGUGAGGAUAUGGAAGCAGAGAAUACACGACUGAUGGGUGAUAAGGCUCAAUACAAGGGACCAACUGUGACAACCACUCUGGGUAUGAGCAUCGACUCAUCGAAGACGCAACACCAUGACGACGAGGGCCAGCUUCACAAGAACACUAAUAAUAACAGCAACGGGAACUAUGUAGGUGGCAGCCACAAACCAGAGGCUAACUCUAGGUGAGAGAGAAUCAUGAGGAAGUGACGACAAAGAUGAGAUGAGGUGUUCUUCUUAUCUAACCACAACACCCAUCAUCAAACCAGUGUGUGUUCUUUUUUAGCAAAAAGCUGUUGUUUUAGUUCUUCUCACAACUCACCGGGGCCCUGUAGAGCUGCCCCCAAAUCGCAGCCAUAUGUAUUAUUUAUGGCUCGUUGCCGAGAAGAAAUGAGUUUGUGUUUUGUGUUUGUGUGGUGUGUGUUUUGUAAACCGAUUGAUGUAGCUAUUGUAACAAACCUAGCGCUUAGAAUUUUUAUGUUUGCUAACAUUUGAUGAGGGAAUGUAACCGGCCAAUUCGGUGGCCUGAUCGGUUUUAUGAUGAAAUGCGUAACAAAUAGCAUUUAUAUUUUCUA